CAGUAUUAGCAGUCACCCCCAAAGGAGGAGCACGUCCUUUACACUUCCCACGAUUCAGGCCUGGCGCAACUACCGCCAUCCUGCCCUUGCAGCAGCUACUAGCAAAUGCAGCGGAUGCCAGCAAACUCCCUUCAUAAUUGAACCUCUGCCUCUUCCAUAUUCCCGACCACAAUGGUUAGAGCGUUUCCCAUAGGGAACAACAAGACGGGCUACGACUAUCACCUCUAAGCCCGCUAUUAGGAUUAUUCCUUUCGAAGGUUAUCUUUCUGCCCAUUGAGUUGCCUGCAUACAAUCUCAGACAGUCACGUCAACCCGACUUUCGACCUGCUAUAGGCCAACAGCAAUAAUAUAUUGACAAGAUGAUGCGACGUAACGAUCCACGAAUUCGUCAAACAUGGAAUCAAAUUUCCCAGAGCGUUGAGUCGGCCAACGAAUCAGCGCAGGCUAAUAUAUUCUCUUUCUCCCACAACUAUAUCGGCCCUUGCCUUUCUUCACUUGGCAAUUGCAUCGGAUCCUGCACGGCACCAUGCUUUCCAACGCGGGAGGAAAGACUGCGGCGACAGCGCGGUCGAUCACGAGGCCGGCCCGAGCUCAGCUUCGACUUUUACGAUGACUGGGAGGACGAUGAUGGCGCUCGAGAUGGUCUAUUAGGAUGGGGGAAUGAUGAAUUAGACAGAUUACUCGCGGGGUCAAGCGCAGGACAGCAGCCCACAGGGCGGCAUCGGGCUAUGAGCUACGGUGCACGCAGGGGGAAAGAUGGGCGCGGAACACCCGGCGCAAGACGCAAGACUGUCACUGGCGAAGGACCCGAUCCUACAAUUAUACCACGAACUUCGAUAUUCGGGUUCUUGCGAUUGCCAUGGAAGCUGGGGACCAAUUCGCUCCGGUAUACCCCCUCGGUUGCAGACCUCCAGGAACAUCCAGGAAGCGGCAGACGGAUGGAGUUAGAGGGCGAGCCUCUCCUCGAAGAAAACGAUGAGGGUGCAAGAAAUAGAGAGAGCGAACAGAGUCGGAAACGAAGCGACACACAGGGCUCAGCCGCAACGGUCGAGUCCUACAGUUCGCGUGGGGACCUCUUCUCCAGCGAAGACGAAGCCGAUGCUAUCCCCCUAGAUGACGAAUUCGCCGUGGUUCUGGAAAGACGAAUGACCCUCUCCGGUCCCGAUGACACUAAGAGCAGCAGCAGGACCCGCUCGGGCAAGCGCCCAAGCGCAGGCUCGCGCACGUCCACGAGAACGUCCUCUUCCAGAGACAUACGGUCAAGUCUGAAGAGAUCUCGAGAAGAGUCGGUUUCCGCGGCACGCCCGCCGAGCGUGUUGGAAACCCCGAUGAGCGAAGCGCCAUCAAUGGCAGAUCUGAACAGAGAAGAGGAGCAAGCACGAAGAGACGAAGAGGCCGAGAUCGAAAGAAAGCGAUUAGCAGCUCAGCGCCUGGCCGUCAAGCAUGGUCUUAGUGUCCCGCCAGAAACAACAGAGCAAGAUGAGUCUGUCGAGCAAGAUGCUCAUUCUCAACCCUCCGUGCCACAUACGAAUCCCUCUCCUGCAGAGUUACCUGAUACGACACACGCGGAGCCGUCUAGCUCAGAAAAUGAUGCCGCAGCAUCCAAUUCCCCCGCCUCUGGCCCUACAGCCUCUGAAUUCGUACCAGCGCGUCUCCCUCAUUUUCCGGGUUCUUGAUCGCCGAGAUCACCUCAUCUAUCCCAAAUAAUCGCGCGUUGGCGUCGUCUAAUAGACUUGAGCCGGUUCACGCCUCUUAUCUUUCUGUGACAUCACUUAUACCUUGAGGUUUAUUCUAUUUCUUUUUAUUAUUUAUAUGCUUUGGGACUUAAAGUCUAUGGACCCCCUUUUUUGAGACCUCUUGGGGAAUGGAGUUUAACCACGGAAUCGUUUUCUUGAGACGCCGGGUUUUCGGGUUUUAUAUUUUACGAAAGAUAUCCUAUAACGAAUGUAUAUUGUUGCUCGAAUGAAUGUUUCUCUCAUACAUCUUAUCAUUUCGUUCGGGGUUUAGUGUAGUGUAGCGACUGACCUAUCGUUUGGUUUGGCUUAUCUCUUCCUUAUUGACCUGCGUGCCAGAUCACUGCCGCA